UCUUCUCCCACGUACUCGAUCACUCUUCCAGGCCAAGAAGUCUAUAAAUAGGGGGGGCCAAGCUUCAAGAACUUCACUCAGAAAUCAAUCACCUCUUGCAUACCUUCCUACAAAUUCUAAGCAAUCAAGAGAUCCAGAUGGCAUUCUCAAAGACUUUUCUUCUUGUCGCCCUUGCCUUUGCUGUUCUCCUCAUCUCUGCUGAGGUCUCGGCUGCCACUACUACUCAAAAAGCCAACACUGAUGGUUACCAUGGACACGAUCAUGGACAUGGCGGCCAUGGAGGACAUGGUGGACACGGAGGACAUGGACCUCAUGCUGUUGAGACUGAAAAAGCCAACACUGACGGUUACCAUGGACACGAUCAUGGACAUGGCGACCAUGGAGGACACGGAGGACAUGGAGGACAUGGACCUCAUGCUGUUGAGACUGAAACUGAGAACUAGAUGAUGAUGACCCUUUGUAUGCAUGCAGUUGUGUGUAUAUUGCACUAUUGCAGGCGUACGUACCUGAUGCAAGGGUAUUAAUAUGGAAGCAGUAGUAGCUUGUUUGGUAAUUGAUAAUAAGUAUGUAUUGGUUGAGCAGUCCACCAAUCUCUCAAUCGAUCAUAUCUUUGUAAUUCGAUCCUCGAAUCUUCAUGUUUUGAACUAUCUAUGAUCCACUUAAAUUAGCUGAA